AUGCGGCGCCCUUCUGCAGUAUUCUCGGGAACGAGGUUCCUUGCCUUUUUCGUGGCCCUCUUCGCCUUGGCUGGGCAUGUCUGCGGGUCCGAUGGAUCCGACGCCAUCUUCCGUCUCGAUAAACGCGUCAUCAUGGGUUGGAAGCAGCAGUGCGUCAACCCGCCGAGGGCGCGGCGACCGGAAUUCGUCCCCCACGAGCUGCUGGGUCCCCGGCCCCAGUGGAGAUUUGAAUACUGGGAGCAGAUUAACGGAAUAAUAGAAUUCGCCUCCGACUUGACAGGUCGUUACUUCACCGACAACUCCAGAGAGUACCGGAUCGAGCAGGAGAUCUUGGAAAAUGGCAACGUCCGGCAUACGUAUACCUAUUUGGGAAGCGACACGACACAAAACCACGUUCUUACGCCCGAUGUCCGCCUACUACCGGCGGAUGGUACGCCUCGUCCCGGCCGCAUUAUACUCCGCGGCCAUCAGCCCGUCACCCUGACUUGGCAGAAACCGCACAUAUACACUCUCUGGCUCAAAUUCAGAGUCAGGAGCCCGGAGCCAGCGACUCCUUAG